AUGGCCGAAGCGAGCGAGUACGAGCACUGGUCGGACGACAGCAGCGACUCCGGCGCAGCCUCCACCAUCGCCUCCGGCCACAACGCUUCCAACGGUUCGCACAAAUGGACGUACAAGCCCACUGACCAGCCGCAAAAGGAUGCCAAACCCGCAAAGGCCAAACCAGCAGAGCCAAAUCCAGCCAAAGUGAAGCCAGAGCCAAUGCAGCCCAUCGCCGUUCCGCCCCAGCCUCAACAGCCUUUCCAACAGAACACCUACUACAUGAUGGCCCCACCUCAGUUGCAAUACGCCUUCAACCCCUACUAUCAGCCUUACGCCUAUCCCGCCCCUGCAUACUACGGCCUGGCGCAACCCGGCGUGCCGCUCGUGUCGCCAGACAAUGGGUGGACGUAUCAGCCCUUCUCUGCCCCCGUGGAAGAGGAAGCGGAACAGCCCAAGAAGAAGAAAGCCAAGCAUGGAGUACACGCCUGGCAAGGCCGCACGAAGGCCGAAGUGGAAGAGGACAACAUGAAGAUCGCCAUGCGCGAGGGUGUUUACGAUGAGCGUAAAGUUGAGCCACUGGGCUUGAAGGCCGAUCAGAUGGUUUGGUGUGUCGAGGUCGACGGCACUCAUACGAUGAGAGCUUUUGCGACGGUGAAAGAGUUUGAGGGGGUCUGGAAAAUGGACCCCAGGUUCAAGGACAGCUGGUAUUUUGUGCGGACGGUGGAGGGGGAGAAGAUGAAGUGA